AGGCGGCGGCGGCGGCGGGCGGCUUCUCGCUCGGGCAGCGGCGGCGGCGGCUUCCGGAGUCCCGCUGCGAAGAUGCUCAAAGUCACGGUGCCCUCCUGUUCCUCCGCGUCCUGCUCUUCGGUCACCGCCAGCGCGGCCCCGGGGACCGCGAGCCUCGUCCCGGAUUACUGGAUCGACGGCUCCAACAGGGAUGCGCUGAGCGAUUUCUUCGAGGUGGAGUCGGAGCUGGGACGGGGUGCUACAUCCAUUGUGUACAGAUGCAAACAGAAGGGGACCCAAAAGCCUUAUGCUCUCAAAGUGUUAAAAAAAACAGUGGACAAAAAAAUCGUAAGAACUGAGAUAGGAGUUCUUCUUCGUCUCUCACAUCCAAACAUUAUAAAACUUAAAGAGAUAUUUGAAACCCCUACAGAAAUCAGUCUGGUCCUAGAACUCGUCACAGGAGGAGAACUGUUUGAUAGGAUUGUGGAAAAGGGGUAUUACAGUGAGCGAGAUGCUGCAGAUGCUGUUAAACAAAUCCUGGAGGCAGUCGCUUAUCUACAUGAAAAUGGAAUUGUCCAUCGUGAUCUCAAACCAGAGAAUCUUCUCUAUGCAACUCCAGCCCCAGAUGCUCCACUCAAAAUUGCUGAUUUUGGACUCUCUAAAAUUGUGGAACAUCAAGUGCUCAUGAAGACAGUAUGUGGAACCCCAGGGUACUGCGCACCUGAAAUUCUUAGAGGUUGUGCCUAUGGACCUGAGGUGGACAUGUGGUCUGUAGGAAUAAUCACCUACAUCUUACUUUGUGGAUUUGAACCAUUCUAUGAUGAACGAGGCGAUCAGUUCAUGUUCAGGAGAAUUCUGAAUUGUGAAUAUUACUUUAUCUCCCCCUGGUGGGAUGAAGUAUCUCUGAAUGCCAAGGACUUGGUCAGAAAAUUAAUUGUUUUGGAUCCAAAGAAACGGCUGACUACCUUUCAAGCUCUCCAGCAUCCAUGGGUCACAGGUAAAGCAGCCAAUUUUGUACACAUGGAUACUGCUCAAAAGAAGCUCCAAGAAUUCAAUGCUCGGCGUAAGCUUAAGGCAGCGGUGAAGGCUGUGGUAGCCUCUUCCCGGCUGGGAAGUGCCAGCAGCAGCCAUGGCAGUAUCCAGGAGAGCCACAAGGCUAGCCAAGACCCUUCUCCAAUUCAAGAUGGUAACGAGGACAUCAAAGCUAUUCCAGAAGGAGAGAAAAUUCAAGGAGAUGGGGCUCGAGCCCCAGUUAUGGGGGCAGAGGCUGAGCUGAUGAAGUUGCAGGCUUUAGAGAAAGUUAAAGAUGCAGAUAUGAAUGCUGAAGAGGCCCCCAGGAUGGUGCCCAAGGCAGUGAAGGAUGGGAUAAAGAUGGCUGACCCUCAAACAGAGGAGGGCCUGGCAGAGGAGAAGCUGAAGACUGUGGAGGAAGCAGCAGCCCCCAGAGAAGAGCAAGGAAGCUCUGCUGUGGGAUUUGAAGUUCCACAGCAAGAUGUGAUCCUGCCAGAGUACUAAACCGGCUUCCUUCAAAUCUGGAAGCCAAAUACCGGCAUUUUAUGUACUUUGUCCUUCAGCAAGGAAGGUGUGGAAGCAUGAUAUGUACUAUAGUGAUUCUGUUUUUGAGGUGCAAAACAAAUACAUAUAUACCAGUUGGUAAUUCUAACUUCAAUGCAUGUGACUGCUUUAUGAAAAUAAUAGUGUCUUCUAUGGCAUGUAAUGGAUACCUAAUCCCGAUGAGUUAAAUUUUGCAAGUAAACAAAACAUGACACUUAAAAACAUACAUUUUCAGCAACCAGUGGCACAUAUUUGAAGUGAAUAGUAGCAAACUGUUUUUGGUUUGAAAACCCAGCCAUCCUACAUCCUUUGGAUUUCUUCACAAGGUAGUAAUUCCUUUGAACUACUGCUUAGCUAAUACUAGGUAGUGCUGUAAGACAUGUUCCCAUGACUUUCACAACAUUUUACUUUUUAUCAUUGAUGUGUUCAAACUGUUUACAA